AUGAGUGAGAACCAGAAUGUUAAUAUGGUUGACUCAGAGAUGUCAGUUUGUCUCUCUGAGGAUGAUAAAACACCGCCUAAUUUCAUUACGCGGCGUGUACAAAAGACAACACAUCAAUCGGACAGUUCACAAUACGAUCAGUUAAUGAAAAAACAUAAAGAAGAAAUACGUAUUAAGUUGAAUAAGUUUGAGGAACUGCAGGUGUCAUCGCGGAAGUCAACAUUCGAGAUAAAAAAUGUACCUAGAAAGGAAAAAGAAUCUAAAAAAGAUUUGAUUGACAUGGUUAUAAAUCUGUCGGAAGUUGGGGACUGUACAAUUUUUAGAAGUUAUAUAAACGACAUAUACAUGGUGCGUACAAAGAAGCCAGAGCAGAAAAAUACCCCAAUCAUAGUGAACACCAACUCUGCUUUGUUGAAAAAUGACCUACAGAAAAAAGCGAAGUCUUUUAACAUCAAGAAUAAAACUAAACUGUUCGCUAAGCAUUUUGGCCUAAAAUCAAAUGAGGACACGCCAAUAUUCUUUCUGAACACCUGA